UACAGUUCUCGAUCCGAGAACUUUGAUCGAUUUCUAGUAUUGUGGACACAAGCCUUUACAUCCUCUUUGCAUCUUGAUACAGCUUCACUUGAAUUGAAUGGAUAAUAAUAUGGUAGUGUAUUCGCUCGAGCAACUUUCCACGAUUUGUCAUAGUGUGCAUAAAAAUAAAAGUACUGAUGAAUCAGUUUAUAUAUUUAUCACGCGGCUGCAAUCUAUAUUAAAACAGAAAUCAUCGUUUGUUAUUAGUUUGGGUGUAUGUACAAGCAACAGACUGGCCACAACCACUACGCCAGCAUUUCCACGGAAUGUUCCGAGUCGCAGUACGUUCCAUUCUGGCCAAAAUAGAGCACAGCGAAAUCACACUCAGGGUCACACACAAACGCAGGACACAAAUGCAAUUAGCCCUCUAGCAAGGCCGUCCUUCUUCUCGAAAUUAUCUUCGAAGUUCUCCAAACGGUAAGUUCUAUGACUGAUUACAUCUAAAUAAUCUUUAACGAUACUAGUAUUUGACAG